GGGGACCCAAGGGCGGUGGAGUGGUUAGAGCCUGUGUUGGUCAGUUAGAGAAGGCCAUGAGGACAGCCCUGCUGCUGGGUCAGGCCCAAGGAGGCCCAUCUAGUCCAGCAAACUGUUUCAUACAGUGGCCCACCAGAUGCCCACAGGUGUGGAGGGCAUGCCCUCUCUCCUGCCGUUGCUCCCUUGCAACUGAGUAUCUGGGGAAAGUCAAAUUUCCAGUCGCCUUCCUAAUGCUCCUUAGCAUGGAACUGGCCUUUUUCACAGCUGCCGUGCACUGAGUUUGACCCUUGCAGCGAACUGUGCAGCAUUUUGCUCCGGUGAAGCCCUACUUCUUGGGAAAGCAGGGCCAGUGCCCCACUGCUGGUGGGUGGCCCUUUGUGAUGUCACUGCUGCCACAGAAACCCUGUGCCCACCCCCCCAGGCGGAUGCCAUCUGGCAGUGGAAGAGCAUGAAAUGGUGAAGGAGGAGGCAACAUCUCGAGUCUCACAGAGUCACGAUGGCAGCAAUGAAAUGGAAAGACGAUUCGGAGCUGGAUUGCCUCCUCCAGACCACCAAGAUGGUUCAGGACAUUGACUGGUUGCAUUGCCGGGCCAGCCUGUGCAAAGUCAGCCUUUACACUCAGGACCAGCUGAGAGGCAGCAAGGACCGCAAGCUGGUCUGCUUUGUGGACGUCUCCAGCCUGAAUGCCACAGACAGAGAUUCGAACCCCCUGCCAUGCAGUAGCCGGUAUGGCGAAACGGACCCUCCGGAGGCAUUUGACCUUGAGGAGAAGGAGAUCAUUGUCAUGAAGGAUGAGAGCAAGAACACCUUAAACACAGAAGGAGCCGUCUGUUUCUUCAAAGCAAGCCCCUGCAGAAAAGGCAACGUGGGGACCUGGCUCAGUAGCGACCUUCAGAAAUAUGCAGCUGGGUUCCAGCACGCCUUGACCCCUUCGAAUGCCCCUCCGAAAUCUCUCCUUUCUGAUUCGGCAGGGGCUGACAAGACACCUCUGAGCAGCUUUCCAGCUUUCAACUGCUCCGGCGGCGCCUAAGGAAGAGACCCAGAUGAUCGUUCCCAUUCUGUCAAUAAGCGGAGUACUUUGGUCUUUCAAAUGGCAUGCAAAGAGAUCAAGGAAGAUCAUCAAUAAAUUUUUUUUUAAAGCGA